CAAAACACACAGAUAAAAUCGCCUCAUUUUUUCCAAUAUAAAUAAAACGAUUUUUAGAUUGAUCAAAUCAGUCGAAAUGUCGAAACUUGUCGCAAUCCUCGCUUUUAUUAGCGCCUUCAUGGUGCUCUCAGCCUCGGCUGGCAACGUGGUGUGCUACUUCGCUAGCUGGACCAUUUACCGGCCCGAUAAUGGCAAAUUUACCGCCCUAGACACCGAUCCCAACCUUUGCACUCACAUCCUGUACGCUUUCGUCGGUCUCCGAGAAGAUGGGUCCGUAUCAGUUUUGGACGACUGGGAAUUGACAGGACUUGAGGAACUCUCCCAUCUCAUGUCACUCAAACAGAAAAAUCCCAACCUCAAAAUAAUCCUAAGUAUGGGAGGGUGGAACGAAGGCUCGCAAAAAUACUCCCAAGUGGCGGCAAAUCCCGGUUUGAGACAAGCAAUGGUCACGUCGGUGAUGGGUUUCGUGGAACAGCAUGGGUUCGAUGGGUUUGACCUUGAUUGGGAGUACCCAUGUCAACGGGGCGGGGCUGAUGGAGACAAAGCCAACUUUGUCACACUUUUAGGGGAAUUAAAAUCGGCUUUGAAUGCCAAAGGGAUGAUCCUGUCGGCGGCGGUCUCGGGAGGGAUUGCCUCCUGUAAACUCUCCUACGAUAUAGCCCAAGUUGCACAGAAUUUGGACAUGAUCAAUGUCAUGGUCUACGACUUCCAUGGGGCUUUUGAGCCUUUUGUGGGUCACUAUGCCCCACUUUAUGCCUCCCAUUUGGACCAAACCGACGAGCAAAAGACCCUCAAUGUGGCCGCUGGGAUUCAAUAUUGGCUUGAUGAGGGUGCCCCUGCGAGCAAAAUCAACCUUGGGUUGGGCACCUAUGGGCGUGGCUUCGCCUUGGCCGACCCCACCAAUACCUCCCUCUACGCGGCGACCUAUGGGGGGAGCGACGCUGGGCCUUAUACCAGGGCCAUGGGCGUGAUUGGGUACAACGAAGUGUGCGAGUUGUACAGCGAUUGGGAUUAUUUCUGGGAUGAUGAACAACAAGUACCACAUAUUGUGAAAGGGAAUCAGUGGUUGGGAUUCGAUGAUCCCAAGUCGAUUGCGUUGAAAGUGGCGUUUGCAAAUGAGAAGAAUUUGGGUGGGGUUAUGGUGUGGUCACUGGAUACGGAUGAUUUUAGGGGGAUUUGUGGGAAAGGGCCUUAUCCUAUUAUGAAUGCGAUUAAAAAUACUUUGAAAUAAACUAAAUACAUUUUUAUGAAUUA